AUGGGUGUCACAGUAUCCCAUACAGCCUUCUCCCCGCUAUCUAUGGUAUCGACAAUCAUCGGCUUCAUUUCCUUCACCUUUACGCUCGCGACCUUACUCAAAGUCUCCUGGUCAAACCUAGCAACCUUUAACGCCGCGCCAGAAGAGAUCAAAGACACCUUAUCAAGUCUGAAGCAAGGACUAUUGGAGGAGAGAAGGCAUUUGAGAAGAGUGAGAAAGAGACUGAGGAACGUAAGGAGAGAUCAAAGCCACGGCCCUAGCGCACGAAGUGAUUCCGAAGAAUACGACCGUGGGGAAGAAGGUCGAAGAAGAAGCAGACGAGGGAAGGGAGGCCACAAAAGGAGGACAAUGCACUUCGACCGCGAUAUGCAGAGUAUGCGAUCAAGCGGCGAAGCAGAAGCAUUAAGCGUGAUGCGUGUCACCAUCCGCGACCUCAUCCAAAAGUUCCGAGACCUCGAGUAUCCCUUUCUCAAACCGGAAUACCAGUCCCAGGACUCAGCGCAAUGGUCCACUCAAUCUUCGCCUUAUCCAUCUGAGAGAUCGCCAUAUGCAGCGCAAUACUACCCGCACUCCGAUGAUGAUGAUGAUGAUUCUCCCUCAGCUGGUCACAUGCGCAAGAGCAACCGUCUGGGUCUGGAAUACGCCAACUGCGAUCUUCAACGUCGCUGGCUAUGGGUGCGCCGGAAGGCCGAUGUGAUCAAUCUUAGUACAGUGCUAAGUAGAGUAGAGGGUAGACGGACGGCGCAUGAAGUGGGCGAAGUGUUCAGUAUGGUGUCGAAUAUCGGCAGAGAUGUUGAAGAUUUGAGAGGGGUACUUGAAGGGGUGGAGGCUAGAUUGAAUAGGGUUGUGGGGAUAAGACGCGUAGAUUAA